AUGACGAAAAAAAAAAGAAAAAAAUCAAAACUUAAACUUUUAGAUCUCGGUGCUGGAGAUGGAGUCGUCACAAUACUCGAACCGGAAGUUUGGCAUUUGGAAAACGAAAAAUAUGACGUCAUAACUUGUUUAAAUUUAUUGGAUCGGUGCGACAGACCGAACGAUAUACUCGAACAAAUGAAAAAUUCACUCGCACCCGAUGGAAUCGUCGUACUCGCUAUGGUUUUACCAUUCGAACCUUACGUCGAAAUAGGUGCGAAAAAUCAUUCGCCUUCUCAGGUACUGGACGUUAACGGAAACACUUUCGAACAUCAAGUUUGUUCGAUGGUGAAAAACGUUUUGGAACCCGUCGGAUACGAAAUAAUUAAAUGGACAAAAUUACCGUAUUUAUGCGAAGGAGAUUUAAGGCAAUCAUACUAUUGGCUCGACGACGAAAAAUUGUGGUAA